AUGAACCGUGGAUUUAAUCAAACCGUUCAACCGGCUGUUGUCAAACAACAAUAUGAUGCCGAACGUGUAUGGGACUUCGAAAAUCACUGGCGUUCCGACUUAUUCGACUGCAAACCAUGGGGUCAAUGCUGUUUGUUCUGUUGCUGUGGUUGUUGCAUGGGAUGCAAACUUUCAAAACGCUUAGGAGAAUCAGCAAUUAUUGGUUGUUGUCCAUGUGCAUUAUCCUAUUUUCGAACGAAGUUACGAACUGCAAGACGUAUUGAAGGUGGUUGCUGCGGAGACUUUUGCGCAACAAACUGUUGCAUGGGAUGUGCAGGAAAUCAACUGGCAAAUGAACUCAACUCCCAAGGAUUAUGGGAGGAUCAAACGUCAAGAAAAACUUAUCCUCGAAAUGAUCAGCGUCCUAACCAAAAUAAUGGCGAUUACUAA